AUGUCGUACCUGAAAGUAAUGAUCAUAUGGAACAUACUUUGCGUAUCCCUGGUGAUCCUUUCACUGUCCUUGUUUCAAGAAGUGUCUUCUGAAGAUUUAUCAAGCUGUACAGGGAGAUGUGGGGAAGGGUAUUCUAGAGAGCAUGACUGCCACUGUGAUUUUAACUGUCAACACUACAUGGAGUGCUGCCCUGACUUCAAGAAAGUCUGCACAGUGGCAGUCUCCUGCAGAGGACGUUGCUUUGAAGCCUUUGAAAGAGGAAGAGAGUGUGACUGUGACGCAGACUGUGAAAGAUAUGGCAAAUGUUGCCCUGACUACACGGAACACUGUAAAGAGGCACACACAGAAAAGCCAUCACCGAAGACUACUCCAGAAAACAAACCAACAUCUAAAAGGUCAUCCAAAAAUGAGGAAAAGAAGCCAGAGGAAGUAACGCAGCCCCAUGAAGUUAUGGAAGCAACAACUACCACAGAGACCACUACGGCUCAGAAAGAUACCCCUGCGACAACAGCGGCAUCAACGACCAAGGCUGAUUCUUCCACCACUCCUAAGGUUGAAGAUAUGACCCCUGAGGCCACAGAGGAACCAAUAACCGAAGCAGACUCUCCCAUGACCCCCAAAGGAGAAGAGACAACCCCAGAAGCCACAGAGGCACCAACAACCAAGGCGGACUCUCCCACCACCCCCAAACCUGAAGACACAACCCCAGAGGCCACAGAGGCACCAACAACCAAGGCGGACUCUCCCACCACCCCCAAACCUGAAGACACAACCCCAGAGGCCACAGAGGCACCAACAACCAAGGCUGACUCUCCCACCACCCCCAAACCUGAAGACACAACCCCAGAGGCCACAGAGGCACCAACAACCAAGGCGGACUCUCCCACCACCCCUAAACCUGAAGACACAACCCCAGAGGCCACAGAGGCACCAACAACCAAGGCAGACUCUCCCACCACUCCUAAGGUUGAAGACACAACCCCAGAGGCCACAGAGGAACUGAUGACCGAAGCAGACUCUCCCACCACCCCCAAACCUGAAGACACAACCCCAGAGGCCACAGAGGCACCAACAACCAAGGCGGACUCUCCCACCACCCCCAAACCUGAAGACACAACCCCAGAGGCCACAGAGGCACCAUUGACCGAGGCUGACUCUCCCACCACCCCCAAACCUGAAGACACAACCCCAGAGGCCACAGAGGCACCAACAACCAAGGCAGACUCUCCCACCACUCCUAAGGUUGAAGAUGAGACCCCUGAGGCCACAGAGGAACUGAUGACCGAAGCAGACUCUCCCACCACCCCCAAACCUGAAGACACAACCCCAGAGGCCACAGAGGCACCAACGACCAAGGCGGACUCUCCCACCACCCCCAAACCUGAAGACACAACCCCAGAGGCCACAGAGGCACCAACAACCAAGGCGGACUCUCCCACCACCCCUAAACCUGAAGACACAACCCCAGAGGCCACAGAGGCACCAACAACCAAGGCGGACUCUCCCACCACCCCCAAACCUGAAGACACAACCCCAGAGGCCACAGAGGCACCAACAACCAAGGCGGACUCUCCCACCACCCCCAAACCUGAAGACACAACCCCAGAGGCCACAGAGGCACCAUUGACCGAGGCUGACUCUCCCACCACCCCCAAACCUGAAGACACAACCCCAGAGGCCACAGAGGCACCAACAACCAAGGCAGACUCUCCCACCACUCCUAAGGUUGAAGAUGAGACCCCUGAGGCCACAGAGGAACUGAUGACCGAAGCAGACUCUCCCACCACCCCCAAACCUGAAGACACAACCCCAGAGGCCACAGAGGCACCAACGACUAAGGCGGACUCUCCCACCACCCCCAAACCUGAAGACACAACCCCAGAGGCCACAGAGGCACCAACAACCAAGGCGGACUCUCCCACCACCCCCAAACCUGAAGACACAACCCCAGAGGCCACAGAGGCACCAACGACCAAGGCGGACUCUCCCACCACCCCCAAACCUGAAGACACAACCCCAGAGGCACCAACAACCAAGGCGGACUCUCCCACCACCCCCAAACCUGAAGACACAACCCCAGAGGCACCAACGACCAAGGCGGACUCUCCCACCACUCCUAAGGUUGAAGAUGAGACCCCUGAGGCCACAGAGGAACUGAUGACCAAAGCAGACUCUCCCAUGACCCCCAAACCUGAAGACACAACCCCAGAGGCCACAGAGGCACCAACAACCAAGGCUGACUUGCCCACCACCCCCAAACCUGAAGACACAACCCCAGAGGCCACAGAGGAACUGAUGACCGAAGCAGACUCUCCCACCACCCCCAAACCUGAAGACACAACCCCAGAGGCCACAGAGGCACCAACAACCAAGGCGGACUCUCCCACCACUCCUAAGGUUGAAGAUGAGACCCCUGAGGCCACAGAGGAACUGAUGACCAAAGCAGACUCUCCCAUGACCCCCAAACCUGAAGACACAACCCCAGAGGCCACAGAGGCACCAGCGACCAAGGCUGACUCGCCCACCACCCCCAAACCUGAAGACACAACCCCAGAGGCCACAGAGGCACCAACAACCAAGGCGGACUCUCCCACCACCCCCAAACCUGAAGACACAACCCCAGAGGCCACAGAGGCACCAACAACCAAGGCGGACUCUCCCACCACCCCCAAAUCCGAAGACACAACCCCAGAGGCCACAGAGGCACCAACAACCAAGGCGGACUCUCCCACCACCCCCAAACCUGAAGACACAACCCCAGAGGCCACAGAGGCACCAACGACCAAGGCUGACUCGCCCACCACCCCCAAACCUGAAGACACAACCCCAGAGGCACCAACGACCAAGGCAGACUCUCCCACCACCCCCAAACCUGAAGACACAACCCCAGAGGCACCAACGACCAAGGCGGACUCUCCCACCACCCCCAAACCUGAAGACACAACCCCAGAGGCACCAACGACCAAGGCGGACUCUCCCACCACCCCCAAACCUGAAGACACAACCCCAGAGGCACCAACGACCAAGGCGGACUCUCCCACCACCCCCAAACCUGAAGACACAACCCCAGAGGCCACAGAGGCACCAACAACCAAGGCGGACUCUCCCACCACCCCUAAACCUGAAGACACAACCCCAGAGGCACCAACGACCAAGGCGGACUCUCCCACCACCCCCAAACCUGAAGACACAACCCCAGAGGCCGCAGAGGCACCAACGACCAAGGCAGACUCGCCCACCACCCCCAAACCUGAAGACACAACCCCAGAGGCACCAACAACCAAGGCUGACUCUCCCACCACCCCCAAACCUGAAGACACAACCCCAGAGGCCACAGAGGCACCAACAACCAAGGCGGACUCUCCCACCACCCCCAAACCUGAAGACACAACCCCAGAGGCCACAGAGGCACCAACGACCAAGGCAGACUCGCCCACCACCCCCAAACCUGAAGACACAACCCCACAGACCACAGAGGCACCAACGACCAAGGCAGACUCUCCCACCACCCCCAAACCUGAAGACACAACCCCAGAGGCACCAACGACCAAGGCAGACUCUCCCACUACCCCUAAAGUGGAGGAGGCAGAGGCAGACUCUCCCAAGCCUCCUGAGGUCAAGGGGACUACCCCUGCAGCCACCGAGGCUGACACCACUGCCAUACAGAAAACAACACCUAUUGAAGUGACAACUACUGUCCCUGGAUUAGUAACAACUGCUAAAAAAGGCACAACCACAGAAAGCAGUGAGGCGACAACACCUAAAAUAAAAACAACCACGAUGAACAAAGAGAUAACAACACCCAAGAAAGACAAAACUACUGUGCUUAAAGACAUUUUAACAAGUAGGAGAGACACAACUACCGUAACUACGGUGAUAACAGCUAAACCAGAUGACUCUCCUAAAGGUAAGGACAAUAUUCCAAAUACAACUCCUACAGCCAAGCAAGCUGUCACUACAGCAGCUGAAUCAGAAGCAACUACUGCGGACAAAAAGACUGCAACAACGGCUGCUACAACUCCCUUGCCCAAGCCCACUGUGUUGGCAACAACUGCCAAAACAGAUUCAACUCCUAAACCUAGGGAGAUUGUAACAACAAAUAAAAGAGACACAACUACGGAAACUAAGCAGACUGUAACAGCAGCAGCUAAAAAGAGCACAAGUGCUACUUGUGUUGUCGUGGAGACAACAACAGCUGGUAAAAAAGAGGUAACGACCAUCAAAGAAACUAGCCUCACACCUGAGAAAGAAAUGGAAGAUGCCCCUGAAAAGGCCCCUAGUAUUGACAAAGGAGUGGAAACUACAGUUACCAAAGAGACUGCUACAAGAGAUAAAAAAGACACGAUAGAAGAAAUGUUUAUUGUUUCUAAAGGGACAUCCAAGCCAACUAUACAUUUUCAGGAGGUUACCGACACGAGAGAUGAGCCUCAUCCAGCCAACCCUGAAACUCUGCCAGUACAAGAAGAGCCUCAGAUAAACAACAAGCCUUUAAUACAAACUGCAGACUUGCCAAUUUUAACUGGAGAAACACAAGCGAGGAAGGACGAGAAGGACCUGUGCAGCGGGAAACCGGCGGACGGCAUGGUGGCCCUGCCGAACGGCACCCUGGCCGUCUUCCGAGGUCACUACUACUGGUUGCUGAACGGCAGGAGCCCGCCGGCGACCAGCCCCCGCCGGAUCAGCGACGGCUGGGGCAUCCCGUCCCCCAUCGACGCCGUCUUCUCCAGGUGCAACUGCGACGGCAAGACCUUCUUCAUCAAGGGUCCCCUAUACUGGCGUUUCACUAACGAUGUUAUGGAUAAAGGCUAUCCCAAACCUCUUGCGAACGGAUUUGCAGGCCUGAGUGGGAAAAUAGUAGCGACCCUCCCCAUAGCAAGAUACAAAACCAGACCAGAAUCUGUUUAUUUUAUCAAAAAAGAUGGCAACAUGCAACAGUAUGUGUACAGACAAGAACCAGCCAAGAAGUGUCAAAGAAGAACCCAGGUUACCGUAAGAUACCCAGCUUAUGUCCCAAGACUUGUAAUAAGGAGACGCUUUCAACGUGCAGUAAGAAUGCCAACCGUUAUUAAGACUGUCAGAUUCAACCCAUAUCCAUCUGGAGUUUUGCGUAAGGAAAUCAAAAUGACUACCUACUGGAGAGGGCUCCCGAAAGUUAUUCACUCAACUAUAUCACUACCCAACUACAAUAAGCCAGAUGGCUAUGAUUAUUAUGCCUUCUCUUACAAUCGGUACUACAGUUUGGAUGUUGGCAAAAGAAUAGCAAGACCUGUUACCGCUCUCACAGGAAAGACUGUAUCCAAAGACUGGUACAACUGUCCUAGCAAGUGAUGCACAGCAGAGGAUUUUA